CCGGAAGUGUGCUCUUGUAUUUCCUUCCGGCAGCUGAUUUUUUUUAAAAUUUUCUAACAUGGCAGCGGAGGGGAACGGCUUGCCUUUGGUGGAUGUCCCGCCUCAGGAAUGCCCCGGAACCGGCAGUGACCAGGCAGGCAAGGCCGAGGCCUGCAAGGGAUGCCCCAACCAGGGAGUCUGCGCCUCGGGGAAGCUGGUGGGGCCUGACCCAGCCAUUGAAGAAAUCAAGGAGAAAAUGAAAACUGUGAAGCACAAGCUGCUGGUAUUGUCCGGCAAGGGAGGCGUGGGCAAGAGCACCUUCAGCGCUCACUUGGCACACGGCUUGGCUCAGGAUGAAGCCACGCAGGUUGCUCUGCUGGACAUUGACAUUUGUGGGCCAUCCAUUCCAAAAAUCAUGGGCCUGGAAGGAGAACAGGUUCACCAGAGUGGUUCGGGAUGGUCCCCAGUGUACGUUGAAGAAAACCUGGGCGUUAUGUCGGUGGGAUUCUUGCUCAGCAGCCCAGAUGACGCUGUGAUUUGGAGAGGACCCAAAAAGAACGGGAUGAUCAAGCAGUUCCUUCGCGACGUCGACUGGGGAGACAUUGACUACCUGAUAGUCGAUACUCCGCCAGGGACCUCCGACGAGCACCUCUCCGUCGUGCAGUAUCUCAGCGCCGCUGGCAUCGAUGGCGCCCUGAUCAUCACCACCCCCCAGGAGGUGGCGCUUCAGGAUGUUCGAAAGGAGGUCAACUUCUGUCGUAAAGUGAAGCUGCCCAUCGUCGGCGUGGUUGAAAAUAUGAGUGGCUUUGUAUGCCCAAAGUGCAAGAAAGAGUCGCAGAUCUUCCCGCCAACCACCGGAGGGGCAGAGGCCAUGUGCCAUACUUACAACCUGCCUCUCCUGGGGAAAGUGCCUCUGGACCCUCAAAUAGGAAAAAGCUGUGAUAAAGGAGAGUCCUUCUUCUCUGCGGCACCAAACUCUCCAGCCGCAUUGGCCUACAGGGAGAUCAUCCAAAAAAUCCAGGACUAUUGCAUCCGAAACCAGCCUCAGGCGCAAGAGAACACUUGAGCAACGAGGAGGGUUUGAGGAGCCAUAGGAAAGCACCCAUCACCUUAAGCCUGUCUGUAUAGGAAUGCGUAAAUCGUUUGAUUUUUGGAAAUAAAUGAAAGUUAAUUAA